UAGACUUUGAGUUUGUCAACAUGAUUCUAUGGGAUUAACAUUGAACAAUACAGGCUUGUACUGGCCUCUUUUAUACAGUUAUAGACUGACUGUAUAGAGCUAUUAGUGCCUCACAAGAGAACAGGCAUUCACCUGGUUACAGAAGCAAGAAUUUACUUCAUGUAGUAGGAGUGACAAUUGGAGAAUUAUUGAUUUGCAAUAUUCUGCAUUACAUAUGAUAUUAUCGCGACCUGUAGACUUAUAUAAAUGAUUUCAUAUUGUGAUAUGUGACAGCUGCCUAUUAGCGUACAGGGGAUACCACACCAAUAUUAGUGUCUUUCAUUUCAUUUUCUUAUCAAUCAAUAUUGGCUAGAGGAUUUAAUAUACUAUUUAUCAGGUGCGCUCACAUAACUGGACAUUAGUAAAACUGAUAACUCGUGAGUGCUAUAAGGUCUAUACUGCAAAGGGAACAGAAUUAACUCAAAGAUAAGGGUCGCUAACUUCCUAGAAUAGUAGUACUAACCAAUGGUAUAUUUCAACAUUAGAAUAGACUUCCUUAUUCUGGAUUAAUCAUAGUCACAAGCCACAGUACAGUGUAGGUGUAUAUCUCAUUUCACAGAGCACUAGAGAUUUUAAGUAUAGAGAAGUGAAUUGGGAGACAACAUGGGGUCUACAAAAACAGGGGACUCAAAUGGAAUAUUAGGCAAAUUCUUCCAUCUUGCAGCAGCAAUGUAUUAUAUUGGUUCGUUCCAGUACCAUUUUCGGCAUAUUCGCAUGCCUUAUCAGGAAGAGUGGACACUUUUAGAAAGAUUUGGAGCUAAACUGUCAUAUUUGACAAUCUGGAAUUUUUGUUUUCAAACUUUCUACUACAGCUUGUGUGUCAUAAAUCACAUGACAGGGGGCACCUCAGGACCUGGGGACAAAAGGUCAAGGUCAUCUCUGCAGAAGUUCAGGGACCUCUUCCAUGCAUGUGUAGCAUACCCAAUGGGCACGUUUGUAGUAUUUUCAUUUUGGGGCAUAUAUGCUGUAGACAGGGAGCUAGUAUACCCCAAAGCCUUGGAUGACAUCAUCCCAGCUUGGCUUUGCCAUGUCACGCAUACUACAAUUCUGCCAAUCCUGUUGAUAGAGAAGUACCUUGUCUACCAUGAAUACCCAACAUUCAAGAAAGGGGUCACCAUCACAGCAGGGGUUGGCCUAACAUACCUAACAUGGGUAUUCUGGAUAGCAUUCUACAAAAACUUCUGGGUGUAUCCAGUGUUAGAAGUCCUAAGUUGGGGUGGACGACUUGCCUUUAUUGGAGGACUUCUUGUAAUGCUCAUAUUUAUAUACUCUUCUGGACAGGCAUUUACUAAUAAAAUAUGGAAUGUAUCUAAACAGAGACCUUCUAAACAAAGACAAUUUCAGAAACAAAGUUAGAACAUACAGUAUUUAUUAGAACAGUGUAAGAAAGGAAAACUCUACAGUAUAUGGAUAUUAUGAUUACAUGGAUUAGUGUUGCUCAUAAAGGGACAAUUGGAGCAGCUAUGGGUUAUUGCAGCGUGAAAAUUAAAAUAUUGUAAGAAUUAAAAGUAUUCUUUAUUAAAUGUCCAUUCAUUCCUUAUGGGUGGUAGGGUGGUAAAUCUAAUUUUUUACAUUGCAUCUCAGAUAAAGAUAAUCACAUGCAUAUAGAAAAUACAAGAUGUAACUUGUGCAUGUCUCUUUGCCUUUAUAUAGACUACUAAGUGGCUAAUGUGUAUUGUAAGAGUCUGAAGCCAUUUGUAUA